AUGCAGUCUUCUUUGACGGGGAAGAAGUGGAGCAUCAUGGGAGACGACGACGUGCCACUGCUGAAGCGGAGGCUCCGUCAUCGCCUUCAUCCCAAGAAGCGACCCGGUAUCGUGCUCACCGAUGACGACAGUUCGGGGGAGGAGCGUCAACCGCGCCUCACUCCUGUAGACAAAGAAAAGGCCAAGGUCGUAGAGGCCCCUGCUAAGGCCACUGUACGUUGCCGCACAAGCAACAAGAAGCGGAAGAACAACGGCUACCCGGAUCCUAAAAGUGCUGCUAAGAAGAAGAAGAAGAAGAAGAAGAAGAAGAAGAAGAAGAAGAAGAAGAAGAAGAAGAAGAAGAAGAAGAAGAAGAAGAAGAAGAAGAAGAAGAAGAAGAAGAAGAAGAAGAAGAAGAAGAAGAGGAAGAAGAAGAAGAAGAAGAAGAAGAAGAAGAAGAAGAAGAAGAAGAAGAAGAAGAAGAAGAAGAAGAAGAAGAAGAAGAAGAAGAAGAAGAAGAAGAAGAAGAAGAAGAAGAAGAAGAAGAAGAAGAAGAAGAAGAAGAAGAAGACUCCAAACUCGGACAACAUCUUGGUGAACGAGGUUCUCGGCAGUGACAAUGAAUACACGGCGGCUGCAGGCCCAAUUCCUUCCUUCCCAGAGAAGGCGAAGCCAAAAGACCCCACCCUCCAUUAUCCCAACUCCCGUCCCCCUUCCCCUCGCAGCAAGGAUACUAAGAAAACGAGGCGGGAAUGGACCGUACGCAAGAAACUCAAGUGGGCGCGCCGCUACCAGGAGCUCGGCUCCUUCAAGAAGACCUCCGUGGAAUCCACAUCGUCCAUCGCCUGCAUCAGACGCUGGAGCGCGGAGACUGUAGCGGGCCUUUACAAGGGAGCGGCGAACUACCGCAAGCGGAUGCACGAGGCCGGCCACCACUCACACUACCCCGACAUGGAGGCGGCUUUGUACCGCUACAUAUGCCUACAGCGUGCGAAUGGGGUGGCGAUCACGGUGAAAGACACUCAGAAGUGGAGCUGCGAGUGGAUGAAGAAACACCACUCUGGGAAGAACUGGAAUGCGAGCUCACACUGGAGCCAACGGUUCCAGAACCUGCAGAGGCCUCUGCACCCCGUGGUGCUGCAGUGGAUUGCGGAGGCGUGGGAUCAAGUCCCCAAGCAGGUCAUCAUUGACGUGUUCCACCGCUAUGGGAUUUCAAGCAAGCUGGACAGGACGGAGAACCACCUCGUGAUGUCUCACCUGUGCGCGAGGAGCACCACUUAUGUCUAUGAGGACAUGACCCUCGGGGGGACCACGGACGACAACACGCGCCUGCUUGGGCAGGCUCUUGAGGAGGAGGAGGAGGAGGAGGAGGAGGAGGAGGAGGAGGAGGAGGAGGAGAUACAUGCGGAGGGCGUCAGGAAGGUGGCCAUGGCAACCGGCCUGGAGGUGCUGUACCAGGAGACCCCCAACUACCGCGGAGCGGCGGCCUAG